UUGGUCUGUUUACCUCCCAACCGCGCUCUGCUCCAUAGUGGUCGGCUGGACACGCAACGCCGCCCCGCCUCGCCCGCAACGGGUGUGAAAACUGCGUGCAUCGUCGUCGUCGCCUCGCCCGUGUGCUGGCGACGCCGUGCCCGGAGUUAAGAUGAAUAAGGAAGUGAUGUCCCGCGUGGAGAAGAAGAGGUUGGCUGACCCCAAGGUGGUCCAGUAUGUUUGGGCCGCAAUCGAGGUCAUCCGCAAUCAGAAACAAAUCGCCAACAUGGACCGCAUCUCCAAGUACCUUAGCCGUAUUUUUGGCAUGCACCCGAAAGAGACGGCCCGUCAGCUGAGCCUGGCCGUCAAGGACGGCCUGGUAGUGGAGACGCUCACGGUGGGAUGCAAGGGCUCCAAGGCGGGCAUCGAGCAGGAGGGAUAUUGGCUGCCCGGGGAUGAGACGGAGCCUCAAGCAGAAGGAAGCAAGGAGGGGGAGCAGGGUGACGCCAACAUGUGCUCUCCUGCGUGUCCUCCUCAGGAGUGGGAAGCCGAGAGUCACGACUGGUACUGCUUCCAGUGUCACCUGCCGGGCGACGUGCUGCCCUGCGACAACUGCUUCCGCGUCUUUCACCUCAAGUGUCUGGCGGAGGACGGCCGGCCCCGCGACGCCGGCUCGCACUGGCAGUGCGUCUUCUGCAGGGGGAGUAAAAAGAAGAACCUCAGCAAACAGGAGAUGUGCAAGUACCUCCGCUUCAUCGUCCAGCGGAUGAAAGAAAGGGCCGUGGACCUGAACAAGAAAGGCAAAGACACCAAACAUCCCAUGUACAGACGGCUCAUCCACACUGCGCUGGACGUGGGCAACAUCCAGGAGAAUCUGAAGGAGGGCAAGUACAAGAACUUUGAGGAAUUCAAAGCCGACGCCCAGCUGAUCGUUCACAACACGGCCAUCUUAUAUGGAGUUCACAGUGACCAGGCAGAGAUGGCUCGUCUUCUCUUCAGCGACACUUGUCACGAGCUGAAUGAGUUAUUACUGUGUAAGAACUGUUUCUACCUGUCCAACGCCCGCCCCGACAACUGGUUCUGCUACCCUUGCAGUCCGAGUCAUGACUUGGUUUGGGCCAAGAUGAAAGGUUUCGGCUACUGGCCGGCCAAAGUUCUGCAGAGGGAAGACAAUCAGGUGGACGUGCGUUUCUUCGGCCACCAGCACCAAAGGGCGUGGAUUCCGUCCGACAACAUCCAGGACAUCAAGGUGAGCGUCCAGCAGCUGCAGGUGAAGCGCAGCAAUGGCUGGAAGAAAGCCUGCGACGAACUGGAGGUCUACCAGCGCUUCUUCAAGGAAGGUCGAUUCUGGAAAACCAAGCUGGAGGAAGACUGCGACCCCGAGGACGAGGACGAUGGGGACAGCGGGCAGAGUCACGGCCCCGGCCCGCGCAAGUUCCAGAAGGACGCCAACCAGCGAACGGACAAGACGGAAAAAGCGCACGUGUCAGAUGCAUCGGAGAGGACGCAAGCGUCAAAGCGGACGGAGAGGAGCGAAGAAGCAGAGUCGGGCAUUUCGUCCACCAGCAACGAGCAAGUACGGCAGAUGAAAAGUAGCCAGGAGCCCAAAGCCAAGAAAAGCCGCCGGAGUCAACAGGUGGAGCUCAAAGAAGAAGCCAGCGACCCCGAGCCCGAGAUGGAGGCGGUGAGCUCAAGCCAGGAGAUCGCGGUGUCCUGCCCGCCACCGGUGCCCGAGAAGCAGUCGGUGUCGACGCAGACCAAGAAGGCCGGCGGCGGGUCACCCCGCACGCUCCACCGCGCCACUCAGACCAGCUCGGACGCCGCCGCCUGCCAGAACAUGUGUCACGAGAAGUACACCAAGGUCUUUAACGACGUCAAGGAGAUGAUGAAGGCCGACAACAAACGCGAGACGGAGCGCGUCGUCCGGGAAGCUCUGGAGAAGCUCCGCGGUGAGAUGGAGGAGGAGAAGCAGCAGGCGGUCAGCAAAGCGCUGAGCGGCGCUCAGGCCGAGAUGGACCGCAAAUGCAAGCAGGUGAAGGACAAGUGCAAAGAGGAGCUGGUGGACGAGGUCAAGAAGCUGGUGGCACAGCACAAGCAGCUCGUCUCCCAGACCAAGAAGAAGCAGUGGUGUUACAACUGCGAGGAGGAAGCUAUGUACCACUGCUGCUGGAACACGUCGUACUGCUCCAUCAAGUGCCAACAAGAGCACUGGCACGCCGACCACAAGCGCACCUGUCGGAGGAAGAGAUGAAGACGUUGCCGCGCCACUCAUCGGCUCUUCCUCCCGUUGUCAGUCAGUGUCUACCACCUCGCCUUUCUAUGUGGCUCCCAUGUUUUUUUUUUUAAUUUUCUAUUAUUUAACGCUGUUUUUAUUUAGUGGCAGCGACUCGUCUUUUUUUUCAUGUGUCACCAAAUGUUAUUUAAGCGUGUGAGGCACUCACGAGCAUUUAACCUGUUUAUUAUUUUUUUUUUUAAAUGAUAUUUGACCUUUACUCGUUCACCGCCGUUGACCGUGAUAGACGUCAAAUCAUAUCCGGAAUGGUGCAGCAUGUUAUUUUGAGAGUGGAAUAAUUGGUGAUUAAUUUUUUCCAUUUAUAGUUUUGGCCUUUUAAUAACGAAAAGAAAUGUUUUUUUGUUUGUUUUCGCCUUUUUUAUUACUUUUAAAAUUUAAAGCAGUGUUUUAGCUUUGCUUUUUUUUUUUUUUUUUUUUAAUGUAUAUUUGGAAUUUAAAUAGAAAAGAAAUAUGUUUAAAAAAAAGAUUAAGGCUGUCAAAUGAUUAAAAUUUUUAAUCGAGUGAAUUAGAGCUUAAAGAUUAAGUAAUCGUAAUUAAUCGCAAUUAAUCGCAAUUCAAACCAUCUAUAAAAUAUGCCGUAUUUUUCUGUAAAUUAUAUAUAUGUUCUGUAAAAUAAAUUGUUGGAAUGGAAAGAUAAGACACAAGAUGGAUAUAUACAUUCAAAAUACAGUACAUAAGGACUGUAUUUGUUUAUUAUAACAAUAAAUCAACACGAUGGCAUUAACAUUAUUAACAUUCUGUUAAAGCGAUUCAUGGAUAGAAAGACUUGUAGUUCUUAAAAGAAAAAUGUUAGUACAAGUUAUAGAAAUUUUAUAUUAAAACCCCUCUUAAUGUUUUCGUUUUAAUAAAAUUUGUCAAAUUUUCAAUCAAAAAAUAAACUUGUAUCCCGCCAUUGUUGAUGUCAAUAAUUACUUACACAAUGCUCAUGGGUGCUGAAGCCUAUAAAAUCAGUGGCACCCAAGCGCCAGCAGAGGGCGGCAAAACUCCAUAAAACACAAUUAACAAGUGGGCAUUUCACUCUACUGUCAUUUAAAUCUGUCUGAGCGGGACAUGUGCGUUAAUUUCGUCAAAUAUUUUAACGUGAUUAAUUUUAAAAAUUAAUUACCGCCCGUUAACGCGAUAAUUUUGACAGCCCUAAAAAAGAUAUUUACUGUUUUAAAUAGUAAACAUUAAAAAAAGGACAGCAAUGGACAUCCAAUCUAUUUGGACUGGUCCAAAUGGAUUGCACGUCUCUCCCCGCCAACGAAACACGAUCACUCCAUGCCGCCCGUCUCACUUCCGACAGAUUUGACGUCUAUCGCCAUCAAUAGCGGCGAAUGAGUCAAAAGCGCAGCGAGCGUGCGCUAAUUUGAAAAUGUGAAAAGACGACAGCUACCGGACGACUGACGAGCUUUUUUUGCAAUCAAUUCUUCCUACCUAAACCGGCCACACAUAAAAAAGAAGUGACUUGUUUUUGGGGACAGGGUCGCAGCAUCAACGCUGACUAAAUGAAACUUUCCUUCCUGUUUUAAAUAAUUCUGCACAUUUGUUUUUUUCUCUUUGCCUUUAACACUAAAUUGAGUUCUAAAUGUGUAUUUUUUAUGGGUCAUUUGUACAUAAUACACAGAUUGUCAUGCACCUUGAUCGUCUUUGUAAUCAACCGAAAUUUAGAAUUGAUGCCUGAAUUUGUAACAUUAAAAUGCAUUGGGGGAAUGCAUAAGGACAUCAAAAUAGUACAGGUAGUGACCGGGUUACGACGUACUCGACUUAGGCGAUUUCGCCAUUUUGUCUGCAGUCGUUGUUGUUGUUUUUUUUUUGUUUUUUUUUAGCAUAAUCAGUACCUUAUUGUACCUCCCAGUAUCUUAUUUUUACUUUAUUCAUAUGACAGUACUUUACUCAUAUGACAUUUUCUGUACUCACUAAACGUGAAGUUGUUCAGCUUUACAGACAUCAAGCAAGGCAAUUAUGCUUUUUAGGGUUGUUCCGAUCAUGUUUUUUUGCUCCCGAUCCGAUCCCGAUCGUUUUAGUUUGAGUAUCUGCCGAUCCCGAUAUUUCCCGAUUCGAUUGCUUUUUUUUUGCUCCCGAUUCAAUUCCAAUCGUUCCCGAUCAUAUACAUUUUGGCAAUGCAUUAAGAAAAAAAUGAAUAAAACUCGGACGAAUAUAUACUUUCAACAUACAGUACAUAAGUACUGUAUUUGUUUGUAAUGACAAUAAAUCCUCAAGAUGGCAUUUACAUAAUUAACAUUCUUUCUGUCAGAGGGAUUCACGGAUAGAAAGACUUGUAAUUCUUAUAGGAUAAAUGUGACCUUGUAUAUUGUGACUAAAUAUUGCCAUCUAGUGUAUUUGUUGAGCUUUCGGUAAAUGAUACUGUAGCCGUUUAACUUCUGCCCAAAUGCAUGAUGGGAAGUGCAACCAUGACUGUGCGUAGUGGUACCAAUUGAUAUAUCUUCUCUGCGUUGGGAAAUAAAAUAGGGUGUUAGUGGGACCAAUUGAUAUAUCUUCGCUGCGUUGGGAAAUAAAAUAGGGUGUUACGAAAAAGAUCAACUACUACCUAUCUUCCCCACAUUGCUUCCCACGAUAUUUCUAAUUGUUGAGAGAGGGAUUGUAAGGCUUUAGCCAAUUAAAAAAAAAGCUUCAAAGACUGCCAAAAUUCUCUCUAAUCAUUAAACGUUGGCUUUUAACUCUAUGUUUACGUAAAACGGUGCCAUUAUAGAUUGAACGCGACAAUGCGUCAGUGGGUAGUGCAGCGCAUGCAUUAAUUGCGUUAAAUAUUUAAAAGUUAUUACCGCCGUUAACGCGAUAAAUUUGAUAGCCCUAGUUUAAGCCAAAACUAAAGACUCAUAUUGUACAAAAGCAGAUGGGUGGGGGUGAAGAAAACAAAAACAAAAAAAAAACACAGAGAAAAAGAUGUAUUAUUUGAUAAUAAACAAAAAAACAUCACACCUCAAUUGUAAGUCAUUUAUUGUUGAAUAUAAUUUAUAAAUCGUUUCCACACUUCUUCAAAUUCUUGUGUUUUAAUGUAAUAUUAUAUAUUUGCAUUUUCUCAUAUUUAGUAUUAAUACUAUUUUAAUGGACUUAUGUAUUCCUCCAAUGUAUCCUUGGUAAAUUUAAAUUCAGACAUGAAGGGUUUAAAAAUAAAUAAAUAAAAAGAUACUGUUACAAAUGGAAUAGUAUGCAAAUGAGAAAGUUGUGGCCUACAAACUUGUUCUCCUCUCUUUAAUGACUUAUUUUCUUCAUGUAGUAAUUGCGAUAAAAUCUAAAUUUGUUGUCAAUUCUCAACAAAUGAAAUCCUGUGCUACACAAACCUUUUGUUUUUUUCCCCCCAAACAUUCCCCACUUUUUUGUCAUUUUUUUCCCCACUUUUUUUUUUUUUUU